AUUUAAGCCAGUAAGAUUCAGCCACACUGACAAAGAAAAUAUUCGUGAAAAUUCUGCAUACGGAAAGAAGAAAAUUCGAGCAACAGAAAGCCAACACAAUCCACAAAAAUGUCUUUAUUCGGAGCGUUGAUGGGUGAUUUCGACGACGAUCUCGGCCUUAUGAACAACCACAUGAACCACACUAUGAACGCGAUGAACAUGCAGAUGCGCUCGAUGAAUCGCCUGAUGAACAGCUUUAUGCCCGAUCCCUUCAUGCAGGUCUCGCCCUUUGACCAGGGAUUCCAGCAGAACGCUCUCAUGGAGCGUCCGCAGAUGCCGGCCAUGCCAGCCAUGGGCCUCUUCGGCAUGCCCAUGAUGCCAAACUUUAAUCGCCUGUUGAACGCUGAUAUUGGUGGCAAUUCAGGCGCAUCCUUCUGCCAGAGCACCGUGAUGACCAUGUCAUCGGGUCCCGAUGGGCGUCCUCAGAUCUACCAGGCCAGCACUAGUACCAAAACAGGACCGGGAGGCGUUCGUGAGACCCGCAGGACGGUGCAGGACUCGCGCACUGGGGUGAAGAAGAUGGCCAUUGGUCAUCACAUCGGCGAGCGGGCACACAUUAUUGAGAAAGAGCAGGACAUGCGCUCAGGACAACUGGAGGAGCGCCAGGAGUUCAUUAAUCUGGAGGAGGGAGAAGCCGAGCAGUUUGACAGGGAGUUUACAUCGCGCGCUAGUCGCGGAGCGGUGCAGUCAAGACAUCAUGCUGGUGGCAUGCAGGCCAUCAUGCCCGCCCGUCCAGCGGCACACACCUCGACGUUGACCAUUGAGCCAGUGGAGGACGACGACGACGAUGAUGAUGACUGUGUAAUCCAGGAGCAGCAACCGGUUCGCUCCUCCGCGGGCCGCCAUUAUUCCAGUGCGCCAACGGCACCGCAGAACAGUGGCAACAUUGCAACAGCAGCAGCACCAACACCAACAUCCUCGCCAACAACCUACGAUACAAGCAACGGAAACAACAAUAACUACGUGAGCUCUCGUCGUUCGUACCUGCGAAAUGGGCAUGGGCAUAGCCUGGCCACGCCGCGCCGCCCACUAAGGACACCCCCAUCCUCGCCGCUGGCUACGGUGUCCACUUCUCCAAGAGAUUGGCGUAUUUAUAAUUCGCGGUACCACCGCAAGUAGAGCGGAUACAGUACCAAAUACAUAAAAUGAAACCUAUGCUAAUCCAGAUAAAUAUCAUAAGUAAUAAAGUCAACAACGAGAAACACUCGACAUUCGGCUGUCUUCGACGUAACUACAUGCACUCUACUAACCGAAGGCGCCACCAACGCUACGAUCCGCUCAGCUCAGCUCCGCUUCAUCGCCACAAGUACUUCGAACUUCGAACAGCAGCAACACCACAUCUACGUGCCGUGCCGGCAGCUCAAGACUAUGGCCGCAAGCUACGUCAUACAUCCACAUCCCUAUGCCGCCAAUCCGAGGCGCCAACAACGUGCCGUAAAACAUUUUCACACGGAGGACGAAGCGGCCAGCUCCUACAAGGCGGUCAAGCGCGGCAAGAAGAAGUAGUAGAAACGUGAUCAUCUGUAUGCCAACAUCUUCCGCAUCGCACACUCAAAAACACUAGGAAGCAAAGCGUUGGGUUCUGUUCCAUAGCAGGAAAACCAAUUCAAAUAUUUUUUAACAAACACAAUUCUUUACCAGUUCUGUCUUAUCCUGCGUGAGUCGACCAGAAUGCAACACUAAAAAAUGUACAACUUCAAGAUGCUAUUGAUGUGCACGCAGGAUACAGAACAACUUGCUUAAAUUUACUUAAAACAAAUGUGACUAUUCAACGCCGAAAUCAUUACAACACACACUCUCAGACCUAAUCGAAAAAUUCAAUGAAAGUAAUGGAAUAUAUAUGAAAUCGUAAUUAUAAGUUUGAAUUAUUUGAUUAAUUCUCAAGUUUUUAGAUUUUGUUAGCCACUAAGCUUUAAAUUAUGGAUGCCAGUUAGCGUGCAAAUGAACACAAUUGAUUUGAAGGCUCCGAACGAUAGAAAACAACAAUUACCAAUUCCCCAAAUACAUGUAAUUCGUAAGGCCUAAGUAAAUGUUAACGUGAAUUUAAUUAAAUGGUAAUUACAUUAUAAUAGU